CGAAACCCGUCCGGCUCGGAGCCUAGCGCACAGCUCCCCUCUGGACUGCGGAGGCACUGCACUGUGCGAGGCGUGGGAGGGUGCCUCUGCAGCCCCCCAAGGCCGCCGCCCCUGAGGGGAGAACCGGAGAAUGCGGACACGUAGAUGAGGGCCUGGUACCCAAGCUGGGGCCCCUGAAAUCUCAAGUUCCCUUUGCGCGCCAGGCAUUUCGGGGCAAAACGAAGCGGAGCCCCCCAAACCCCGAGACCUAACCAAGUUCAGAGAUUCGCAGAAGCACGCCCCCCCACCCCAAAUCUCUUCUGUGCUCUACCCAAAAUGGAAUAGGACUAGGUUUAUUUACCCAUUGUGAGGGUAGAGAGGCGAGUCGGGAGGAUCAGGGAUUGGGAGAACGGGUGGAAAAAUAUGAUUCUUAAAAAUACCUUGUAACCUGAAGUCCUUAAAUUGUAGAAGAGAGGAACACUACUUUCCAUUGUAGUCUAGAGUUAAGAUUUCAAGUCCAUAAAUUAGAGGACCUAAAAUUAGAGGGCAAUUAACUGCUCAUUCAUUGCGCCCCUAGUCAGCACGGGGAUGCUGGAGGAGAUCGGGAAUAAUAGCGCAGACCAAUGAGCCUACGGAGACGCUUUAAUCGUCUCUUUCCCUCAAGUGUUCUGGAACCUAUCAUUUGAAUUAGCCGAGUCAGGCAGGAGGGGGCGGGGAAAUCCUUCCGCCCUUCUUAGGAGGGGCUGCAUUGCAGGGGGAGAGCUAACUGACAGACUCAGUCACUGAAGAGGGAAAAGGAGUGAGAAGACAAAGCCGUCAAAGCCCCAACAGCUUUGUAUUUCUCCAGCCCGGCACAGAUCCCGGAGCCCCCGAGGCACUCCCUCCAUCUUUGGAACACGCCAGUAAUUGAUUGAUAACAGCUAUGAGGGACCCUGUGAGUAGCCAGUACAGCUCCUUUCUUUUCUGGAGGAUGCCCAUCCCAGAACUGGAUCUGUCGGAGCUGGAAGGCCUGGGUCUGUCAGAUACAGCCACCUACAAGAUAAAAGACAGCAGCGUUGGCAAAAUGAUCGGGCCAGCAACUGCAGCAGACCAGGAGAAAAACCCUGAAGGUGAUGGCCUCCUUGAGUACAGCACCUUCAACUUCUGGAGAGCUCCCAUUGCCAGCAUCCACUCCUUCGAACUGGACUUGCUCUAAGGCCAAGACUUCUCUCUCCCACCACCUUGCCCUCAUUGUCUUCCCUCUCAAGCCCCUUCCUUUCCACUCCUUUCCCAUUUUAAUCUUCUCUCUCUAUUGUGUUGGUGGUGCUGAUGAAUCUGCCAGAGUUGAGUUCUAUGUAUUUAUUUAUCUGUCUACCCCAUUUCUCUCAAAAGCCCUCAAGUCACAAAGUAAAUGGUUCAAGCAGUGGAGUACUGGGUCACAGGGAUUCCUCCUUCCCCCCCAAAUAUUAACUCCAGAAACUAGGCCUGAUUGGGGACACCUGAAAGUAGUAUAGUAGUGCAAAAUGGAAGACUGAUUUUUGACUGUAUUUUAAUCAGCUUCAGAGAUUCUUUAAACCUUCCUAAUUUCCUGCUCUAGGCCGGUAAAUACAAAUAUUUCUUUAAGGGGUGAUGAAAACUUCGGAAGUUUUAAUCUGAAGUUAUCUGCUAUGAAAGGCUAAAGUGAUUAAGUCUCAUGCUUUUUUUUUUUUUGAUCCUGCUCUUUCUUAUAUUCUUUUUCUUCCUCAGAGAAAUCAGGAAGGUAGUUGGAGGUAUAAAACAGGAGGAAAUAUUAUGGAAAAUGAAAAUAGGGAAAAUAACUGAAUCAUUUUAGAAGCAGCUAAUUUCUUUUCUCAAGAGUAUCCCUUCUUCAACCCUACUCACUUUACAGCUUUGCUCCGGUGGGUUGAAAACUCUAGCUAAAGAAAGUUAUCAAAUCUUAAUAUGCAUUCCUACUAUUAUUAUAGUUUUUAAGGUUUCAAUACAAUCUUCUGAAUGGCGUAAGUCCUUAGUAUUUUAGCCUUACCUCCUGCAUUUGCAAUAUGUAAAACUAAUCAGUGGGCACAGUUCAGCUACAUUGAGACCCUGAAAUGAACAAUUACAUUCUGACUCUGCAUCUUGUCCCCAAUCCUUCCAAAAUUAUUGUUGCUGAUUUGUGCUGCCAUUUAACUCAUUUAUUUAAUAAAAACAUUCAAUCCCAGGA